CGGCUCUGUGUCAAAACACGGAACUGGCGCGAUCAUUUGAAACAGUCCAGGCGUUUGUUUGUAUUUUCACUUUAAUGAGCUCUGUUUUCUUUUUUCCUGUUUUAACCCUCUGAUGAAAAUAUGCUGCCAGGUGCGAUCAGAAUGGUGUUUUAAUAUUAUUGCAGAUCUUUACUUUGCAUAAACUGUAAGUUCAGCGGUAUCCAAGGACGCGCUGCAGAAUCUCAAUGGACUCGAAAGACAAUGAACGUGUUUUACUCCUUGAGGAAGAGGUGAGGAGUUUGUCUGAGGAACUCGCUCAGUGCCAGGCAGACAAGGAGUUUGUGUGGUCACUUUGGAAGCGACUUCAAGUGGCCAGUCCAGACCUUACCCAGGCAGUGAGUCUUGUAGUGGAAAGAGAAAAGCAGAAAGCUGAGAACAAGGACAGGAAAGUUCUGGAGAUCCUUCAAGCAAAAGACUACAGAAUCCAAGAGCUGGAGCAGAAAGUGACGGCACAAGAGCAGGAGAUAAACAACCGAGUCCAGCAGUUGCGUGGCAGUGAGGAGGAGUGCGGUCUAAUGAAGAAAGAACUGGCAGCUCUGCAGCACAGACUGGGGAAUAAGAGUCGACAACUUAAGGAAGCGAGGAGGCAGGCGCAGGAGUGUGAGGAGGAGGGCAGGCGUGCCCUACAGGAAGCCAGGCAACAAUUAGAUGCUCAGCACUCAGCCUCUCAGGCAGAGCUGGAGAGAUUGCGGGACCAAGAGGCCGUCAGCAGUUCCAGAGUCAAGAAUUUGGAAGAGGAACUAUUCAGAAGCAGACAGGACGUGCUAGAGGCUCAGAGUCGCUCAACUGCUUUGUCCCUUCAGCUUUCCACUGUAGAACGGGAAGGAGCUGACAAAGAACAACAGCUCUGUCAAAUCAAACACGAGCUCCAGGACUUGCAGUGUCUGUACAAACAGAGUGUGGAACAUGCAGGAGAACAGGCCCAACUCAUUCAGCAGCUGGAGGGGCUUAACCUGGACACGCAAAGAGUCCUGCGCAGCCAAGAGGAGGCCCACACGGCAGACACCGUCUCCUACCAGAAGCUCCACAGCGAGCUGAGCGUGUCAUACCAAGCCCUCUGGCACAGCCAGGAACAGCUCCGCCAGCGGGAAGCAGCCCUCAGCAUGCAGCUCAGCCAGAGAGAUCAGCAGAUCCAAGAACUCCAGGCACAGCUGCAGAGUUUCACAGCAGCCGCGGGGCACUGUGAGGGCUCUGGGUCUGUGUCUCCAGGUGGCGGCAGCAGUGAUGGGGCCGACAGUCAGGAGCAAAGGAUUCAGCAGCUGCAGGAAUUACUAGCACUUAAGACUAAGGAGAAUGAGGAUCUGCGAAGAGCCCAUGCCAAACAUCAUAACCGUUUACGCAUCAUUCAGACCAACUACAGAACAGUGACAGAGCGGCUGAAGGAAGCUGAAGACGCCCAUGACUUAUUAAAAUGCAAAACGCAAGUGCAGCAGGACAGCGAGGAUUUAUGGAACGAAUUGGUGUUUUAUAAGGAGGAGAAUAAGAAGCUACUCUCUGACAAAGCCAGUCUGGAAGAGGAACUAAAUGCAGCCCUCGACAGAGUUGCAGCGCAGCACCUACAAGAGCGUCGGCAGGAGGAAACGCAAGCAGAGCUACUGUUUCGAGAAGUGCGGGAGGACGAGGUCAGAAGGAGCAGCACCCCCAUCAAGACAACUGCCAGAAGAGUGGAACAGACUUUUAAGAAGAUAGAGCAGUUACAAAGUCAAAUGGUCUCUCUGGAGAGCGAGAUCAUGCGGUUGCGAGAAGACAACCGGGCGCUACAGCAAGCGAACGGAGUGUUGGCUGGAGUGCGGGGUGAUCUGCAGGCCAGAGUUCAGCUUCUGCAGGAACGUAAGGAGGCGGCAGAGGCCCAGGCCGGAGAAGAACGGGACCGACUGCUUGCCCAGAUGCAGAGCUUUGAGAGACAGGCAAAGGAGGCAAUGAGAGCGGCUGCUCAGGCCAGACACAGACUGCUUAAGCUCCGCCAGGAACUGGGAGUCCUUCGAGCAGAGAGAGAUUUUCAUCGGUCCGCAGCUAAACGCAGGUCAAAAGCCGCCACACUGGCAAACAACAAGAGCAGGUCCAAAACACCCUGGGUCGACGCCUCCAGCAGAACGCGCAUGCGCUCGACACUGAACAGGAUGGACAGUCCCGCCAAGGACGACUGGGAGGACAUGAGCGCAGACAGUGACAGUGAAGAGUUCUCUGACAGCCUGGAAAGUCGAUAUUCUGCUCAGACUCGUCGAGCUUCUAGGAAAACUAAGGGCUGCAGGUACAUGCUGAUCUGCCCUACAGACAGGCCUGGCGAGGAAUCUCAAACCCGAAACAUCCAAUUCCAAGGUGCCUCUCUGCAGAAGAUCAGGAAGAAAAGAAUUUCAAAGUCCCAUGCUGUUUUGCAACAGCGUCUUCUGUCCCUCCAGCAGCAAGUCACAGCUCUACAGGCAGGCAAACAAGCGGCACAGCAGCUUGCAGCAGAGCAGAACCACAAACAUGUGCAAACUCAAGUGCAGUUAGACUCCCUUCUCCAGCAACUCAACGCCAGCAAGCAGCUUUCAAAGAAGCAGGCGUGUGAGCUGGCUGGUCUGGAGCAGCAGAAGACGUCUCUGCAGAUGGAGUUAGAGCAGUGGAGACGUAUACGGCAGCAAACGUCAAUGAACCCCCCUGCUAUAGACACCGAGUGCCUGCAGGCCCAAGUUAAACAGCUCACUCACCGACUGAAGAAUGCCAGCAGUGAGAUGAGCAAACACACUGCUGCUAACAAGAGCCUGAGGGCUCAGUUAGAUGAAAGAGAUCAGACACUGAAGGAACUGCACGAGAGGGUUGGGGUUUUAGAAAGGGAUGUGACGAUGAAAAGGCAGCUGGUGGAGGAUCUCAGGUGCAGACUAAAGAUUUGCCAAGAGUCUGAGAAGAGCCUUAGAGCAGUGACUGAAGACUUGGAGAAGAAAAUAAAAUCUCUCACUGAUGAGUCAACUAACCGGAAAGCCCUGGUCGACUCUCUAAAGAGAAGAUUGACAGUUGCCACUGCAGAAAAACAGCACGAGACAACCAACCAAAAACUCAAAGAGGAGCUUCAGAAAAAGGAGCAGAGAGUGGCCAUCCUCCAGGCGCGCAUAAGCGAGCACGAUCAGGCCAUGGCUGAGCUAGAGCAGACUGCGUCUAAACAGAUGCAUGGUUUGGCCGAGCAGAGCUCUCAGGCUUUGGAAACACUGCAGAGAAAACUCGCCCUCGUUGAGUCCCAGCUGCACCAGUUCCACACAUUCACUGAGGCACUGGCUAAUCACUUGGCACAGGAUGUGCAGGACGCUAAAGCCCGUUUGAGGAGGAAGAAAAAAAGUGAAAAAGAAGGAAACAGAAUGUCUAAAUGCUCACUAGUAAAAGCAGCGUCUAUCCUCAAUAUGACAGAAACAGACCUGGUGGACAUGCUGGACACAGAUGAGUGUGAGGAGGCGUUUUUGGGUCGUGGGCCAGACACAGAUUGGGCUGAACAUGUACAACACAUCCUUCAGCAGCAGAUCCCCUCUGCAGGCCUGCUGAUGGACGCCAUGCUGGUGAAGAUGAAGGAGGGCAAAGUGCUGACAGAGGAACUGGCUGCACUUACAGCUGCAGUCAGCAAAAACGCCUGACCGGAGGAAAAAAAAAAAGACAGAAAGGGAGCAAGAGACUGUAAUACUUCUGUAAGAUGGAGUGUGUCCUGCAUGGCAGUGGAGGCCCCUUGUCUACACGGUACUCCACCCGUUUUCUGCUCUUACCCUCUUGUAGCCCUGUGCCUCACACAACAAACUCUUGGAUAAAUGAUGCAACGUAAAGUGCUUUUUAUGAUAUGCCUUUUAAAACAAACAUUGAUUUGUUGGGAGAUAAAAAGAUACAGUACUUGAAAAGCACCAUAUUUUGGUUUGUUGAAUUUUAUAGAUCGUAGAAACCACUUUUCUGUAACUGAGAGAUUACUAUUUCUUUAUUUCACCUAGUGUUUUACUUGAAUGUAAAUUACUGUGAAAUCGAUUUUUUUGACCUGAUAUUAAGAAUAUUUUAGACACAUUAACAUGUCUGUGUAAAUUCACACCACUAUGUAUAUGUGGCCACAGCAAACUUCAGUUAAAAUCAAGGCUGAAGUUGCAUAAUGAUUGCUCAGUUGGAUAUUUUAUGGUAGUAUUAUUUGUUUUUAGCUCAUUUGUUUUUGUAUGCACCAUUGUCUUCAAUUAUGAAUAAUCUUGCACAAUUUUAAUAAUAUAAACUCGAUGUAGAUAGUGUAUAAUAUAUGCAAGGUGUGUCUUGUGACUGAACUAUUUUAAUUUCUCAGUAGUAACUAAGGACAUUUUAUGAGAAUGCACUUAAUGAAGAGCUUUCUAUAAACUAAAUUAACUAAAAUUGUGAAUGGUUGCAUCCAUUUGCUUGUAUGCAAAUAUGUUCAUCACCAUGGUUGAGACCAGACUAUGCUUCUAUAUUUUAAUAAUUAUUAUCCAGUUCACAUUUCUGCAUUGUCUGGUUCCAUAUAAGUCGAUGCAGAUAAGGUGUAAAAUAUAUACACUGUAUAUACAAGUGGUGUACAUGGUGGCUUAGUGGUAGUGCCAAUACACUUAUACAUACAUUUCAGUAGCAGAGAUGAUGUGCAAUCCAUGUUUUAUUAAAUUGAAUAUAUAUAUAUAUAUAUAUUUCAGUCUUUUUUUUAAGACUGAAUCUAGUAAUACACAUAUUUAACUAUUCAAAUUCUGUAUUGGUCCAUCUGAGGUAAUUUUAUUUAAUUUUUUACACAAUUUUAAAGUGGAAGAUGGGUGUGUUUUUCUCUGUCCUGUUACCAAAACUCUUAUAGCUUUUGAAAAGCAUGUAUAAAAAUAUGUCAACAAAUUUCUUCAUUUUUCCCUCAGGCAGGUGUUUAUUUUAAAUGGUUGGUUUCAUGGUCAAAAAAAUAAUAUUUAUCAUAUAAAAAUAACAGUUUGUCAUAAAAAUCACACAAAUCACACAAGGUGACUCAAACCUCAAGCUUAUCAAUUUUCUGUGAUACAAUUUAUUAAACAAUGGUAUAAAUGAUGGACCAAACUUAAUUAAAAAAAUAGUGGUUUACAUUUGUUUUUAAGGAAAAACUAUUUAGUAACAGGAAUGAAACUGGGUAACAAGAAAGAGUAUCCAUUAUAUUCGUGUAUAGGUUUGACUACACACGUGAGAUGUUAAUGCUGAUAUAGUGAAGAGUGUUGAACGCUGCCUAAAAAUGCCAAAUCAUGUUUCUUUUUAAAUCUAGUAGUCUGCGGAGGUUUUUGUUAGGGUUAUGUUUUGAGGUAGAGGAAGGGUUGUGAGAUGAAGUGUAAAU